GUGCCUUUUUCCAAUGAUAUUUGUGACAGUGUAAUGCAGGAGCCUUUCAAGAAUGUACCUCUGGUAUGGACCAUUAAUGAAGUUACACUUGCUUCUCGGUUGGAGCAGUAUAUUUCAAGUGGGCAGAACAAUGUUGUGGACAACUGGAGAAAAAUCUUUACUCGUGCCAAUGUUGUUGUCUUCCCAAACUAUAUCCUACCGAUAGCUUAUUCAGUCUGUGAUGCUGGAAACUACUUUGUUAUUCCGGGUUCUCCUAAAGAAGCAUGGGAAGUUGAUAUGUCGAUGGCUGUAUCCAAUGAUAAUAUACGAGCUAAGAUGGACUAUGCACCUGAAGACUUUGUUAUUGUGGUUGUGGGGAGUCAGCUUCUAUAUAAAGGCCUCUGGCUAGAACAAGCCCUUGUUUUACAGGCUUUAUUACCGGUUUUUCCUGAAUUAACAAAUGAUGGCAAUUCAAACUCCCGUUUCAAGAUUGUUGUACUUGCUGGGGGUUCAAAUGCCAAUUACAGUGUGGCUGUGGAGGCUAUUGCGCGGAACUUAAGAUAUCCCGAGGGAAUGGUGAAGCACGUUGCUCCUGCCGAAGAUACAGAUAAAACUUUGAGUGUGGCUGACCUUGUCAUAUAUGCAUCUUUCCGUGAGGAGCAAUCUUUUCCGAUCACUUUGCUAAAGGCAAUGUGCUUUGGGAAACCUAUAGUGGCUCCAGAUCUACCAAUGAUAAAGAAAUAUGUCAAUGAUAGUGUCAAUGGCUAUCUUUUUCCAAAAGAAAAUGUCAACGUUUUAACACAGAUCAUGUUGCAACUCGUAUCAAAUGGUGAACUAUCAGUUCUAGCCCACAAUGCUGCUUCAGUUGGACAAUAUACUGCAAGGAACCUUAUGGUUUCAGAAAGUGUGGAAGGGUAUGCUUUAUUAUUGGAGAACAUUCUCCGAUUUCCAUCCGAAGUUGCAUAUCCCAAGGCUGUUACUGAAAUUCCUGUAAAACCAAAAGCAGAAUGGCAGUGGCAUCUUUUUGAAGCAAUCGAAACAAAAUAUUCUCAGAACAAGACUUUGAAGACCUCAAGUUAUUUGAAUAAGAUUGAAAGGCAAUGGAAUCCGACCCAAAGAGAGGGUUCUGCAGCUGUGGUGGAGAAGAAUGAGAACUUUUUGUACAGCAUUUGGGAGGACCACAGAAAUACUGAGAUAGCUAAUGUGAGAAAGAGAAGAGAAGACGAAGAGUUGAAGGACAGAACUGAUCAACCUCGGGGAACAUGGGAGGAAGUAUACAGAAAUGCCAAAAGGGCUGAUCGGUCUAGGAACGAUUUGCGUGAAAGGGAUGAAGGGGAGCUUGAAAGAACUGGUCAGCCAUUGUGCAUUUAUGAACCUUAUUUCGGCGAAGGGACCUGGCCCUUCUUGCAUAGUACAACACUUUAUCGUGGUCUUGGACUUUCUACCAAAGGGAGACGAUCCGGUCAUGAUGAUAUUGAUGGUCCUUCUCGGCUUCCACUUCUAAAUAACCCUUACUAUAGAGACGUUCUUGGUGAAUAUGGAGCCUUUUUCGCUAUUGCUAACAGGAUUGAUAGGAUACACAAAAAUGCCUGGAUAGGGUUUCAAUCUUGGAGAGCAACAGCAAGACAGGUACUCCCGCCGUUUCAAUUUAUGACGUAGUUUGACUUGGCACAA